GUCUAUCGGCAGCCGCUUCGCUCGGGAUCUUUUCCUCCCCCGGAGCCGGAAGGUGGAUCUUUUAUUAAAACAAGGCUGCGACUUCAAGGCUUACGGCCCAGGGCGCUACAGCUGGGGGAAAUGAGUGAACUUCGGGCUCUAACUAAGGCCGAAGCGCAGAGACUCGGAUCACCCGACUGGAAGCACGCUUGUCAUGCCCUUUUAUACGCGCCCAACCCCAACCGGCUUUUUGGCAAGACCCCGUUGCGUUUCGCAGUAUUGAUGCAGAUGAGGUUUGAUGGUCGGCUGGGAUUUCCAGGUGGGUUUGUGGAUCCCCGGGAUAUUUCCUUGGAAGAGGGACUAAAUCGAGAACUGUGUGAAGAGUUGGGCUCUGGGGCUGCCUCCCUCCACCUGGCUGAGAAGGACUACUUGAGCUCCCAUGCUUCUGAGCAGCCACAGAGAGUGGUGAUGCAUUUCUAUGCCAAGCAGCUUAGCUUGGAAGAGUUCCGAAUGAUAGAGGAAGGGGCUAUUCAGGCAAAAGACCAUGGAUUUGAGGUGAUGGGUCUCAUCCGCGUUCCCCUCUAUAUUCUGCGUGAUGGUGUUGGGGGCCUCCCAAUGUUCCUCAGCAAUACUUUCAUUGGCAACGCCCGGGAGCAGCUCAUUCAUGCCUUGGACACUCUCCAACUCAUGCCGGCAGAACAACUUCAAAAGGCCGUCAGGAUCGCUCAAAAGAGACAUUGAGCCUCGUUGAUUUUGGCUGCUGCCUUUUCACCCUGAUGGCGGCCUUUGGGGAUGUAAUCCUGAAAGAAUUUUAGUCUUCAGGAACAGGCAGCAGCAAGAAGAAACUUAGAUAUGGUCCUUGCUCCAGUCUUCUACCCACCAUUGUUGCUGAGGUUGCUGAAUAGUUUGGUGCAAGGGUUGGUCGUCUGAAUAUGGAUUCCAAUGAUCAGGUUGUUGCAUAUUUAAAAUAUGUUGAUUGUAUCUCUCUUGCCUAGCGGUAAGUAGCAAGAGUUGAAAGACUGAAGUCAUUUUGACUACUCUUCAUAACAAAAUGCAUUUGUAAUCCUCCUUCCCACAUCCUGCUUGUAGGCAUAAGAUUUCUUCUAAUCAAACAACACCCUCGCAAAUCUGACUUCUGACCUGCCUCAUCUUCUGUUUUCCAACAUUUACUCUCAAUGUGUUUUGUUAUUCAGAGCAUUCUGAACUUCAUGGAAGUUGCAUUACCUUCUCUGCAAAAGCCAACUGCACAUAUCUGUUGAUUGAUAAUUACUUCAUUGUUUCAUUGUCAGAUUUCCUUUAUUUUUUUUUAUCAGUGCUUAAAGAAUGGUUGUGACACUUUUGUGUGACUCUCGACUAUACAUUUUUUUAUUAGCUUAUAAAGAAAUGGCAAGUCACCACUGGAAAUACGUUUUCUGUUUCAUUCUCCUUCUCUUUUCCAAUUCUUUGGGAUAUGGAAAUUAGGAAAAGUAGAAGUGUGCUAUCAUCCAAAUUAUUGUACCGUCUAUAUUAUUAUAUAGGUAGUCCUUGAAUUAUGACCACAAUUGAACCCAAAAUUUCUGUUGCUAAGCAAAACAGUUAACUUUGCCCCAUUUUGCAACCUUUC